GUGGUAGGGCUUAAUCUGGAAAGCGCUGAAGAACGACCGCUUUUUGCGGUAGAAGAAACAUAUCGACGAAUUUCUCCUGCCUAGCUGGUGUAGCGCAGCCAAAAGUUCAGCAUUUGUAAAAGUUGCAGUCCUAAACAGGUUUCCGUGGAAGAAACUCGCGAUGAAAUGAGGGCCCCUCUUCCAAAUGGAUGUCAAGAGCCCACGAAGGCGGGUCUCUCGAACCGCGUGCAAAUGCCAGAGAGCUGCCGGGCAGCAGCAGAGUUCACCCCGGCGACUUGGAGCCCAUCUGUGCCCCCGCUCCCCGCACGACGACUGGGCGAGGCGAGUUUCGUUUCCCCGCCAGAAAACUCGCGUUCCCCUUCUCUCGUUUCCUCCCCGUCCUCGACCACCACGCCUAGCCAGGGCUGCUGCUCCUCCCUUCAAGGCCUGCCCCGCCCGUGGCCGCGGCCCCUUUUCUGACCCUGUGCGGCGGCUGCCUCGCUCGUACCCUCAUUCGCCUCUUCGUUCGCCAUGCAGCCCGCCGCGGACUCCGUGUGCCUCAACAUGCAGCCCUACGACGGGAAGGCGGUACACGGCGGACCGGCUCCCCCGUAUGCCUACCAGCCGCCGCGGGCCGCCUACCCGCCAAUCGAGCCGCCCCGGGACUUCGUGCUCUGGUCGCUCUUCAACUUUGUCUUCCUGAACAGCUGCUGCCUCGGCUUUGCCGCUCUCGUCUUCUCCAUCAAGUCAAGGGAUCGUAAAGUUGUUGGUGAUAUGGAUGGAGCGGCUAGCUAUGGCAAGACAGCCAAGUGCCUGAAUAUUACUGAUUUGAUACUGAGCAUCUUAUUCAUCAUUCUUCUCAUCAUCCUGGUUGCCACGGGUGUACUAAGUAUGCAGGAGCACAUCAAGCGCCUCUCUAACGAACAGCCAACCUAUAAUAGUGGCUGGAAUUAAUACAGCAGUAGAGCACGUCUUCAGGACAUUCUCCCCAGCAUUAUAUCUUCAGUAGCACUAGCUGCACUUUCUUCUCUGUUGCACUUGACCUGUUUAACUUGCAAAGAAUGAAGCAUUCCACAGUGUAGCUUGUACUGCUUGCACUUGCAGAGAUGCAGAGAUUUAUACUCUUUAAAAGAGCUCUGUAGCCACCGUUUCUCUACUAAGACCGAUAAGAUUGAGCUGAUCGCUUUAAGUAACUCAAACUGGAUGGGGAAACUGAUGCAGGAAGAUGUUAUAUGGCAGAGACUGGAUCAGCCCCUGAAUCUGGCUUUGUAGCCUUCCCAGUUCUUGUUUCUGAUCAUUUGUAUUGCUGUGUUUUAUUUUGUUUUGAUAAGUUCACAAGUCUCUCACUUGAGGAGUUUUAGAGCUUUUGUGCAUUGAAAUGUGAAGUCUGGGGUGAAUUCUGAACAAAUAAAAAUAAUACCAUUUA